GAUAAUUCAGUAACUUUAAUCGGAAACCCACUUCCAGUUUUCCGGCGAGAUGGCUAACGAAGGAAGUGACCCAUUACUUCAAUACAUGAUUAGCCCGAGAUUGAAAAAACCUCCACAGCUUCUGUUUCCGUUACCUGAAGACAACGAAGUCGCGAUUCCGAUGCCGAUGACACCGUCGGAGUUCAAAGAACGAUUAAUCUUCGGACCCUUUUCACGUUCGCCGCGAGAUUCGUCUCACUUCAUCGAUUCCAUGAAACAACCCUCACCCUCACCGUCGUCUUCUUCCACCGCCGUUAAUCCUUUCUCUGAUUCCUCAACCCUAGAGCCUCUCCUCCCACCACCACCACCACAACCAGAGCCAUGGUUUCCCGACCAAAAUUCGAGUCAUUGUCAAGGCCACGCACUUCACCGAUCCAAAACAGCACCAGCGAUGGCAGUAAUCAAUGAUAUUCAUCACCCAAUUCGUCAAAAAGAUCCUACAGAGACAUCACGAUCUGUAGUAAGACAAGCUUUUGCUCUUCUCGUUGUGUAUCUAUCUUUAGGUGUGCUUAUCUAUUGGCUGAAUCGUGAUCACUACGUUGUGAAUCAAACCCAUCCUGUUGUUGAUGGAUUGUAUUUUUGUAUCGUUACAAUGUGCACCAUUGGUUAUGGAGAUAUCACUCCAAACAGUGUGGUUACUAAGCUGUUUUCGAUUAUGUUUGUUCUUGUUGGCUUUGGUUUCAUUGAUAUUUUGCUUAGUGGGAUGGUCUCUUAUGUUCUUGACCUUCAAGAGAGCUAUAUGUUAGACUCUGCUAAGCGGAGAGAUGAGCCAGAGAAGAGGAGAUCUUAUAUAAUCGAUGUGAAGAAAGGGAGAAUGAGGAUUAGGUUGAAAGUGGCUUUGGCAUUGGGUGUUGUGGUUUUAUGCAUUGCUGUUGGGAUUGGGAUAAUGCAUUUCAUUGAGGAAAUCGGGUGGUUGGAUUCGUUUUAUCUCUCGGUUAUGUCUGUUACUACUGUUGGCUAUGGAGAUCGGGCUUUUAAAACAUUGCCCGGUAGGCUUUUCGCUGCGAUAUGGCUGCUUGUGUCUACAUUAGCUGUGGCUCGGGCUUUUUUGUACUUGGCUGAGGCGAGAGUGGAUAAGAGGAAUAGAGAACGGGCGAAGAAAGUGCUUUGUGAGACAAUGUCCGUCUCUCAGUUUUUUGCUGCAGAUAUUGAUAACAAUGGCUGUGUGAGUAAAGCAGAGUAUGUGAUAUACAAACUGAAGGAGAUGGAGAAAAUAACCGAUAAGGACAUAAUUCCAAUCUCCAAACAGUUUGACAAACUCGACCGAUGCAGCAACGGAAAGAUUACUCUUUUAGAUCUCUUGGAAGGUGGCAGUGGCGAUUGAUCCUCUGCAACUUUUUUGCUUUAGCUUAGAUUACAGUUGCUAAUUACAACGGAUCAACGAUCGUAAUGGUAAGGAUGAGGAGUCCAGUGUAAACUGGUUGGACCGUUCUUAUGUCUUUGGUCUUGUCUUGCAUAAUUGGUUAAGCAGGAUUCACUGAUUCUCACAUCACCAAAAGUUACCCUCUCCUUUCUCACCCAAGAUUAUGGAGAGGAAUUGUGGAUUUUCUUAACCGGGGUUGAUAUGUUGCCAAAUGGUUAUGUCAUUGGUUUACUUUGGUACGAUGGUAAGAUAUGUUUCUCAUCUGAAUCAUAGAUUUUGACGACCCCUGUAAUUUUUGCAGAUAUAGUUAGGAACAGAAGUUAUAUGGGCUCAAGGUAAAUAAAUUUGGUUGGAUAAGGUUUGGUCCAAAUUUGUUGGUCCAGUAUGGAAAUAAAACUGUAACUUUCAA